ACAAAACCUCUGCAGCAUCCGAACUGAUGCCCAACGCUCAGCUCCCGAACAGAGGACGGACGCAAGAGAGAGAGAAACAUUCAUCUGUUCAGUUCCAUCAGAGAGCGAGGAAGAAGAGGAGGAGGAAGAGGAGAGAAAGUGAAUGUCCCUGCAGGUGAAGACAACUGAGAGGUAACAGAGCGAUGGAGAGGAGUCUGUGAGAGCAGAACAAGAACUCAGAGAGAAACCCAACCACAGCCGGUGUAUUUUCAGUCUCCAGUUAGUUUCCUGUCCUCCUCUCGGCUGCCAUGCUGUGCCCGGUGCUGCUGUGUGUCGCUCUGCUGCUGCUCUCUCCUCUGGAGAACACUGAGGCUCGAGCUCUGCACCCGUCUCCUGACGCUGUGCAGUUCAUGGAGCAGUUUCUGGAACGCUACAACGACCUUUUGACCCUGGACGACCUGGAGAGCCUGCUGAACAGCCCGGCAGAGGAGCAGUCCACCCUGUCCUCGGGGGGCAAAGCAGCCGAGUACCCCAAAAAUGCUGACGCGCAGACGCAGGCGGAGACCCCCUGGCUGCGGCUGCUGAAGGGCGCUCUGGCCAAUCAGAAGAGGGCAGAGCCAGACCGGUCCAGAAGGGGCUGGAACCGCGGCUGCUUCGGGCUGAAACUGGACCGGAUCGGAUCCAUGAGCGGACUGGGAUGUUAGUGCGGAGAAAUAAAGACUGAUGGCUUCCUUCUGAGAGUAAAAUAAGGAAACACACACGUGCAGAAAUGUUUUGACUCCAUGUAGGGUGGUGUAAACCUGCAGAUUAGAUCACAUGCUUCACUCUCUCAUCACAGCAGCUGUAGUUUAUUCCAUGUAUUAAAGUGAAUAUUAUGUGAGCUGUAUUUACAUCAUUAAGUCAUCUUUGAUUGUUGGGCUUUUAAAUUGGCACUUUCUGGCAUUUGUCUUCAGUCAAUGUGAUGACACACUUGUUAAAUCUGUGGGUGGGGGUUGUGUGUCAAAUCAGGUGAAAUGGACGUAGAUAUUAAAACAUUGUGCCACCUGUGACUCUUGCUGAUAUUAUGUUUGUUUUCUUAUGAUUUGCACGAAUAAAUGGAUUUGACAUUUAA